AUGAGCGGCCAUGAUGACCUCAAGGCCGUGGUUGCCGGUGGCGAAGCCCUGCUGGUUGCGAUUCUGACCAUCCCGGCUGUUGUCCGUUUCUUCGCCAAGGCAAGACUGUUCAAGGCUAACGGUUAUACGACCAUCUCGGGCUUUUACGAAGAUCGCGACGGAGAGGCUACCGAGAAGUCCACCCAGGAGUACUCCGACCUGCUGCCUCGCGUGGGUGCAUGGUUGAGCUCGGCUCUUGGAUUGGGCGCCUCGAUCGUAGCAGGUGUCUUGUUCCAUCAUGACGUUUCAUCACCCGGGGUCCCGGAAUUUUCGAGGAGAUGGGCAGAUGGGUUCUUGUUCUUCCAAUCCAUAUCGCUCCCCCGCAGAGGUGAUUACAGAGCCAAAUAUCGUCUGGCAAACUUUGCUCUCGUCUGCUCAGUGCUGAUCCUCGCGUCCCUGGUUUACCGAAGCAAGUUUGCGUAUGUCCUCAAAGCCUCUCAUGACUCCACACGGCUGGCCCAAGGCGUGUGCUGGGGCCUUCAGGCCAUCUCUGCUGUUUCUGCCUUUCUGGCUUUUGGGUUCUUCCCUCGUAGGCCGGACGUGUACUUCAAAGGGACUCUAGUUGACCAGCAGCACACGGUCUCGCUACUAUCCAAGAUCUCAUUCUCAUGGAACAGCUUCGUCUUUGACGUCUCCAAGGAACGCCAGCUCGAAAUGGAAGAUCUUCCGCGACUGGACUACCUUACUCGUUCCCGCAAUUUACACCAGAUGUUUACAGCCCGCGAUGCAAAUGGUAGGCUAUGGUGGCGACUACUCAAAUUUCACUGGCUUGAACUCGCUCAACAAUGGUGCUUGGUUCUUGUUUCUGCCGUUCUUGCUCUCAUCCCCAACUACAUGAUGUAUAAUCUGUUAGGCCGACUGGAAGAGCCCAGGACGCCUGACUCAAGUAUAACGGAGACUCUGGCCUGGGCGCUCGCCCUGUGCCUCAGCCUUUCCCUCGACAACAUUGUUGGCAGCCUAUUGAGCUGGUGGACGAAUAGCCGACUGGUCAUUCCUCUGGGAGCUGUGCUGCAGACUUUGGUGUUUGACAAAGCACUAAAGGAGCAUGAAACGGCCAUGCCGCCCCCUCGUCCCCAAGAACAGGAUGAUCAGAAGACCGACUCAAAAGACAAGAACGACAAGAAAGACAAGGGUGACGCAGAGACAAAGCCUCAGGGGAAAGAGAAGAAGGACGAGGUCCGCCAAUCUGUGAUCAAUCACAUGAAGCUGGACUCGGGCCGUGUCACCAUGUUUUGCAGCUUCAAUUAUUAUCUGCCUCUGGCUGUAGUCAAACUGGUUCUGGCUGGCGGCUUCCUGGUCACCAUUCUCGGCUGGAAGGCAGUCGUUGCUGGACUUGGAUCCGCGGCGUUGGUUAUUCCUUUGAACACCUGGAUGUCGAAGAAAUACGCAAAGAUUCAGUUUGGUCUCAUGAGAUACCGAGAUGGCAAGGCGCACCUCCUCACCGAGGCUUUGCAAGGCAUGCGACAGAUCAAGUACUCAGCCCUCGAGCAGCAUUGGGAAGACAAGAUUUUCAAGUCUCGAAACGAGGAGCUUGCACAAUACUGGAAAGCCUCACUGUUCAUGUGUGGUGUUAUGCUCAUCAUGAAUCUUGGGCCCCUCCUUCUUGCUUGCGUGUCGCAAAGCGUGUACGCCUGGGAACAAGGUGGCAAUAUCAAAGCCUCAGUCAUUUUCGCUUCACUCGGGUUGUUCGAUCAACUUGACGAGGCAACGGCACUGUUGCCCAUCUUACAAGUCUACAUGAUGGAGGCUUGGACGUCUUGUGUCAGACUAGAAAAGUACUUCUCGCAGCCCGACAAAGCUCCUGUUGCUGUUUCAGGAGACAGUAUCGUCUUCGACAACGCGACCGUCGCGUGGCCAAAGAAAGAAGACCUUGACGGGACAUCUGACACGACAGAGGAACGUUCUAUGCUUCGAGAUGUGUCGCUCAGCUUUCCUGACGGCAAACUCAGCAUAAUUGCUGGCAAGACGGGUUCAGGAAAGUCUCUCCUCUUAGCGGCGGUCCUUGGUGAAGUCAAACUCCUUUCAGGGACUGUUAAGACCCCAACACCACCCGCUGAGGAAGAGCUGGACCAGGCCAAGCCGAUCCCGAGAGAAGAGUGGCUCAUUCCGUCCCUCACCGCGUUUGUCUCCCAAACUCCCUGGAUAGAAACAGGAACUGUCCGAGAGAACAUCAUUUUUGGGCUUCCUUUCGUCGAGUCGCGUUACCAGGAUGUCCUGCGUGCUUGUUCCUUGGAGAAGGACGUCGAACUCCUUGUUGAUGGGGAUGAAACAGAAGUCGGGCCAAAGGGUGUGACCCUUAGUGGUGGUCAGAGAUGGCGGGUUGCCCUUGCUAGGGCGCUUUACUCUCGGGCUGGUAUCAUGAUCCUGGAUGACGUCCUCUCUGCCGUGGAUGCCCAUGUCGGGCGGUGCAUAGUAGACCUCGCGUUGACGGGAGAAUUGGCAGAAGGGAGGACCAGAAUCCUGGCCACGCACCACGCAGAGUUGUGCACGCCGAGGGCAAGCUACCUGGUCAAGCUCCAGGACGGACGAGUGGAGAGUGCCGAGGCUAUCACACCUACUGACACCACUAUCGCCUCUUCAAGCGGGUCAAAACGCUCUUCAAUCCACGACAUCAGCGAGACUCAGACCAUGAUCGACACUCCCGACAGCCAAAUAUCUUCUGAGGAAACGACCAUUGCCGGGGUAGAACAACCCAACGGCAGCAAGAAGAAGUCAAGCAAGGAAGACGAGGAAAAGCGAGAGACUGGUCGUGUCAAAUGGAAGGUAUAUAUGACAUACCUGCGAGCCAGUAAAGCCCCGGUACUUUGGUUCUUCGUCAUUUUCUUCAUUGUAUCCGCAGGCAUGGCGAGUAUCGGUCGGGUGUGGAGUUUCAAGAAGCUCACUGAAGGAUCCUCCACGGAGGAGGCAGCCAACUUCUCGGCGACCUUCAACCAUUACGACAGCUCGAGGAUCUUUCUGCAGGACCCUCAGAAGGGUUUGAUGUAUUCCGAGAUGGUUCCGCAUGGCAUACAUACAGCGUCUAUGGGGGGCCACUCUAUCUGGUUCUGGAUCGCGAUGAGCGUGCUGUUCUAUGUAUUGAUGGUUGUGCUUCAGGUUGCUCGGAGUAUCACAAUGACAGCCAUUGGGCUUCGAACUUCUCGGGUUCUAUUCGAGAGGAUGACGCAUGCCAUUCUACGAGCGCCUCUCCGCUGGGUUGACACCGUCCCAGCUGGACGAAUUCUGAACCGAUUUACGUCGGAUGCCUUUAUGGUUGACAGGCGUCUGCCUGGCGAUCUGGCGAAUUUCCUGCACAGCAGCUUUUCGCUGGUCGUUACAAUCGCGGCUAGUUUGUCCGUGUCCCUUUGGGUCAUCCUGGCGGGUGUUCUCCUCAUGUUCGUCUAUGCACGGAUUGCGAGCAAGUAUAUCAACGUUGCCCGUGAAGUCAAGAGGCUUAACUCGAUCUCUCACUCUCCGAUUUACGACCAGUUUGGCUCCGUCCUGUCAGGACUUUCGACUAUUCGCGCUUUCCACCGGACGAAUUUCUACAUGGAUCGAAUGUUUAAUCUCAUCGAUAACUCCAACAAAGCGAGUUGGGCGUUGAGCUUGUCUGGUCGGUGGAUGUCCUUCCGCUUGUCCAUGCUCGGCACCAUUUUCGUCACUGUGGUCGCUGUCGUUGCAGUCUCGGGUCACGUCGAUGCAGCUCUCGCCGGCUUCAGUCUUACCUUCGCGCUUAGGUAUUCGUGGAGAUUGACUGCGUUGCUCUCAAGCAUGACGUCGCUGGAAUUGAGUUUCAACGCAGCCGAGCGUGUCAUUGAGUAUUCUGAAAUUGAGACUGAACCAGAGGAUGGAAAGGACGCACCUGCUGCAUGGCCAGCUGAGGGCAAGAUUGAAGUCGAGAAACUUUCUGUCGCAUACAAGGACAGUCUUCCACCUGUCUUGAAGAACCUCAACUUCGUGGUCAAGCCAGGUGAACGAAUCGGUAUUGUCGGGAGGACUGGAGCAGGGAAGUCGACCUUGGCGUCUGUCUUCUUCCGCCUGCUUCGGCCGCGUGAGGGCUCUGUCGUGAUCGAUGGCAUCGACAUCGCCGGGCUGAAGCUCACACAGCUGCGCAGCCGACUUGCCAUUAUCCCUCAGGACCCUUUCCUCUUUUCAGGCUCGCUGAGAUCCAACCUCGACAUGGAGGAUACAAAGGAAGACUAUGAGCUCCAAACGACGCUGCAGAGCGUUCACCUCGCCAAGCCGCAACCAGUCAGCACUGAAAGACCAUCUCAGUACCCCGUGGUGUCUUCUCAUGAGGAGACAGUAAUUUCUACUACCGAGGCAGUGCCGGAGCCCCCAAACAACGAAACACCGGCUUCCGCUGCUGUCGUCGAGGAUGCCGACACGGCGCCCUCCACAGCAGUGGUGACCACCACAGAGGCAGAGUCCUCUGACAGCACUGACAUCUUCAACAACCUAUCUAUGGAAAUUAGCACCGGCGGAGGCAACCUGUCCCAAGGUCAGCGCCAGCUUGUCUGCCUCGCGCGCGCUCUCCUCGCCCGCCCCAAGAUAGUGGUCAUGGACGAAGCCACGUCCGCCGUCGACCGGGCCACGGAUGCUGCGAUCCAGACCAGCCUGCGGGACGCCUUUGCCGCUGCUGGGUGCACCGUGCUGGUGAUUGCCCACCGCCUGAGCACCGUCGCGGACUUUGACAAGAUAUUGGUCCUGGAGAAGGGUCGGAUGGCGGAGAUGGGGUCUCCAAAGGAGCUGCUUGAGAGGGGAAUGAAAAGGGACGAGGACAAGAAGGUUGGGGAGGCGGGCGAGGAGGCUGAAAGGGGGAAGCAGAACGGUGAUGGUGAGGCUGCGGGUGAUGAGGCUGAGGAUGGCACGGGGGCGUUCUGGGACUUGGUUCAGAGUAGCGCUGAGAAGGACAAGUUGGUCGAGAUGAUUCUGGGGAACGGGCACGCGGAGUAG